AUGCCGCCAAAAACCCCCAAGCCAAACGGCACCUUCACCUACUGCGUCGGCUCCAACCCGCCCUUCACCCCCGAAGAAUACGCAAGCGACCCGGCCCGCCGCCAGCGCGCCCUCGACCACCUGGCCAAGAACGACCUCUACGCCGCCACCGUCGUCACCUUCAACCUCCCCGAGCGCGACACCUACGUCUACCACGCCAUGACGGCCGUCCGCCUCGCCGAGGUCCAGCGCGUCGUCAGCAUGGGCGGCGUCAACGGGUUGCACGCGUGGUACCGCGACGAGGAGGGCAAGCCGGUACGUUUGAGCGGUCUCUGGGUUGUCGAUUGUCUACUAACACCACCAGCUCGACCCCCCACCCCAAGCAGACAUCCAAUCCUACAUCCAAAUCUUCUCCCCAAAAACCUCCACCCCGCAAGCCCUAAAAUCUCACCUCGCCAACGCCAAAAAAUCCUCCCUCCGCGCCCUCUCCGCCGCCCACCUCCUCGCCCACCGCUACAUCCACCCGUCCCUCCCGCACCUCGCCGCCAUCCCAAAAUGCAAAAACCCCCAAACCUCCCUCCCGCCAAACCCCUCCCUAGACUUCUGGUCCUGGUCCGCCCUCUCCCUCCAAUACCUCGGCCCCCUCCCCUCCCAACCUCUACAAUCCCACCACGUCCUCCCCAUCCUGAUGCACCACUUCGGCUGCGCCACCCCCUCCCACGAAGCCCUCUCCAUCCUCCGCCUCCUCGCCGGGCCCCGACCCAUAGCAGACAUCGGUUCCGGAAACGGCUACUGGACACACACAUAGCAGACAUCGGUUCCGGAAACGGCUACUGGACACACAUGCUCCGCCUCUACAACCUCACAGUCUACCCCGUAGACAACCUCCAAUCAGAGUGGCGCACAAACUGGGUCCCCGACACCAUCCCCUCCGACGGCGUCUCGUUCCUCAAAUCCCACGCCGGAGGCAAAGAUAUGGUGAUGCUGCUAGUCUACCCCGUCGUAGGCGGCUCCGUGGCAGGCGGCACGGAGGGGAGCUUCACGCGCGGGCUGGUGGACGCCUACGAGGGCGACACCAUCGCCGUCGUGGGCACGCAGAACGGGAACGGGUAUACCGGCUUCCGGGGGAUGACGAUGGCGGAGUACAUGGCCAAAGAACAGCCCGAGUGGGUCAGGGUCGUGCAGAUUCCGCUGCCGAGUUUCGCGGGCAAGGACGAGGCGCUGUUCGUUUUCCAGAGGGGGGAGAGGGCGCCGCCUAGGGACGAGGCUUUGGGAAAGGAGAACGAGGGGGGCCAAGGAUGCGUAGACGUAGGAAAAUGA